AUGGAGACCGCAAACGCAGGACAUAUGAUGAGUUUAGCAGCUCUAAAGAGACAAGACCCGUACAUUAACAAGCUGCUCGAUGUUACCGGCCAGGUGGCUCUCUAUAACUUCAACUCCAAAGCCAAUGAAUGGGAGAAGACCGAAAUUGAAGGUACCCUGUUUGUUUACACAAGGUCUGCCUCCCCUCACCAUGGCUUCACCAUUAUGAACCGACUGAGCACAGAGAACCUGGUGGAGCCGAUCAACAAAGACUUGGAGUUCCAGCUGCAGGAUCCUUUCCUGCUCUACAGGAACGGCAACUUGGGUAUCUACAGUAUUUGGUUCUAUGACAAGAGGGACUGUCAACGCAUUGCUCAACUGAUGGUCAAGAUUGUGAAACUAGAAGCAGACCAUGCCCAGAGAGAAUCACCAGAGAGAGCAGAACCGAGGAGGACCAACGGUGCUGCAGAACCACGACCCAUGGACAUCCUGGAACUGCUCAGCAAAGCCAAGGAGGAAUACCAGAGAGCUCAGACAGGUGAUUCAGAUGUGUCUACAGAGCCAAAUGUCAAAGCAGCUACAGAUCAUCCCCAUAGCACACUGCAGCCUCAAAAGAGCACUCAUACAGUGAAGCAGAUCACAGUUGAGGAGCUCUUCGGUUCAUCCAUCCCUAAGGACGCCUCUCUACCCUCCAUGCCAGCACAAAACACCACUGCUCCCAGUGAGCCCCCCACUGUCUUUAUGCAGAACCAGUCAUAUCCCACUCCAGCCCACCAAAACCCUCUCCUCGCUCCCCAUCUCGUAGCCCAGGACCCGGAGUCAAAUCAGCGGCACCAAGCCCACGGCCUGCUCCCAGCUCCUUACGGACUUCACCCAAGCCCUAUUUUCCAGUCAGUGGGCCCCAGGCCAGACCCCCAACCUCUGUGCUCAGUCUCCCCUCUCAUGAUGCCUCAAGCUGCCUCAGAGACUCGUGCAGCCCCCCCUGGUCCUCCAACACCAUCAGCAGCUCCAACCGCCUAUAUGGGACAGGAGAUACUCAGCACCCUCAAACCGCCAGUGCAGUCUGUGAACUCGGACAUCCACAAACCCAUCCUUGCACCCAACUUCCUGCCGAGCACACUGGUCCCACCCCACAGCUUCCAGGAGCCAAUGGGAAAACCUCAUCUCCAGCACGGCAAGGAGAUGGAUGUUUUCUCUCAGGCUCCAGGUCUGAUCAAACCAAUCUCUGCUGUUCCCAUGAGUCCAGGUCUCGCUGUUCCAGGGUCAGACACUUCUGUGCUUCUGUCCCCCAGCGCAUUCCAGCAAUCAGUCAGUAAAGCAGCAGCAUCAGUGGUCCCUCCUGCCCCCUCUGAGCUCUCCUCCCCCUCUGUAGGAGCAGUGGAGCCUCCACAAGCCCCCUGCAGCAAAGCGCAGCUACAGGAGACUCUGAUACACCUCAUCAAGAACGACCCAGACUUCCUCGGUACCAUUCAUGAUGCUUACCUGCAGAGUCUGUCAAAGGACUUCAGCAACAUGAAGCUAUAGUUCUACUUUGGACGUCACCGGUGUAACGUUAAGAGCUACAACCAACCCCUUUUUAAAACCUGUGAAGAGACCAACAGCCAAUGAGAUAAAAGAAGUGCAUCAAACAGGUUUUUGACGCACUGUACACCACAACUCUUCAAAACGAGUCAGUUCUGAGGGAUAUUAUAGCAUGCAUCGCUCCAUUUAACCCUCUGAUCCUGUCUCAGAACUUGUUUUUUGACUCCUCACUCAAACUCUGAUGCUGUCCAAUCUAAUGACGUUAAAACUUUUUGUCUACAUAUCAAACCAGAACUACUAAGGGAGAGCAGAAGGAGAUAAAAUGUGCCAGUGCGGCCUUGAGUUGUUGUUUUUUUUUUACUUUAUAAAUACUGUAAAAACUGACAGUUUGGCACUGGUAAAGAUUAUCUGUCGCUGGUGUAAUUCUGUGGAGGACAGGACCACAGUGGAGCUUCAGUGACUUCAUAUCACAGAUGAUUUUUCGAUCACACUCUCCUUCUCUUACUCAUCUCUCAUCUUUGUGGUUCUCGCAGUGCAAGAGAUAACAAACUUCACACUCCAGCUCCUCAUUAAGACAAAGACCUCUGUGCUGCGGACCUCAGAGGUGUUUAACGGGUCUUUGCUCACAAACUGUCCCACUGUGUGGCAUUAGAAAGGACACAGUUCUCCUAACCACCUAUUGAACCCUCUCCCUCCAAGUGAUGCUGACGCUUGUAUAUUUUUGGUAAAGACACAGACACGCUGAACACAGUUUUUGUUAAGGUUGCAGCUUUUGUGGCAUUUUGUGUUUGUCAGUGUCUGUCAACAAGGAGGAAGUUUUUUAACUCCUGUCCAAGGAAGACGAAAGUUGUUUGGAAGAAGCACUUGCAGCUAAGAGCUCAAAACUAAGGAUCAACUCUUCUCAGUUGCUUUUUGAAAAAUGUUACUUUUGCAGACUGCCAUGUGUCCAUAGAGGUACUGCUGACGAAGUUCCUUUGCUGCCUUUCCUUUCUCCUUUUUCAUCAUCUGUCUUUCACCCCUCCACCAGCUGAGCUCACAGAACAUACGAUACACUACAGCUGCAAAGCCUUUAGGGAUGGAUACCAGGAUUUAGGUAUGGGAUUUUAAUAUAAUAUAAUGGAGCUUAGUUUAUCCGAACCUGUGGCUUCUGCAGCUGAUAUAUAACUUUGGUAAAGUAAGCAAAAACAAUAUGUUUAUCCAUUGAUAUUAAAUUGAUUGGAACCCCAACAGGAACAGAUCUAUGUUUGAUAUUUUCAGUUCAUUUCAAACCAGUUAUUUCCAUUUAUAUCAGUAAUUCAAACUAAAGGAUGAAAAAUACAAAUUACCCCCAUUUCUGUUUCUCAGUUUAUUUUGCCAAGCUGCAGUUCAGUCUUCAGUCAAAGACUUACAGAUAAAAAUCAUUUUAAUAAUUUGGCUUUUUUUUUGCAGUAAAAGGCUACUGCAGCACAGAACCGCAGGAGGCAGCACAUCUGUCUCAUCACAUGCAAUGCUGAGUGGAUAGUGAUGCUUUUACUUGAAAGAAAAAGAUUUAGAACACAAGAAAAAAACUGACUUUUGUGCAUUUUCUAACCACACAGAAGGUUACUAAUAAGUGUCAUUUACCUUGUCAGCAGCAACACAGCACAUGUAAAACCACGAAAACAGCUGAAAAAUCACUUAAAAGGAUUUAAUUUUAGGUUGUAAAGUUUUUGUAACAGAUGGUAAAGUGAUAUAUGAUGUCAGAAGUCGACUCGUGGAUGAUCAGGCAACAUUAGUUAGCGCUCAGAUGUCGGUAGUUCUCUAAAGAAUCAA